UUCAAUCUCCUCAAAACAGGAAAAAAAAUUAAAAAAAGAAAUCAGUUCUCUUUCUAAUUCAGAGCGAGGAAGAACAAGGCGGCAUCAUUACGCAAUUCCUCUGAUUUUCUGUUUCUUUGUUAGCGAUGGAAAUUGAGCCGAUUCGGCCGGCAGUGAAGAAGAAGCUAUGGAACGUGUUGAGAGCGGUUGUGUUCAUGUUGAGGAAAGGGCUAAGCAAAAGCAAGAUUGUGUUCGAUCUUCAUUUAAUGCUGAAACGAAGCAAAAUCGCAGGAAAAGCGAUGGCAAAUCUCGUGGAAUUUCAUCACGGAUCUGCUUUCAGUUGCCAAACGAUUGACAUCGCCAAUUCCUACAUCUCAACGCGCGAUUACGAAUUCAGUUGCAGUAACAGUCCUGCGUAUCCGUUCCGUUACUUCAACAAACAUCGAAAACACCAAAACCGCCAUUAUUUCCCCAAAUCUUACCGCUACGACGAUUUCUCCACCGUUACGGCCGUCCAGAGAGUUCUUGAUAUUCUUCAUAGCGAUCAGAAAUCUGAGGCGUCGCCGUUAGUGCCGUUGCCUGGAUUUGGAAAGAGUCCGCUAGUUGUACGGCAGUUGCGUGUUACAGAUUCACCGUUUUCUCUCAAGGACGACAGUGACAGUCAGAUCGUCGAUAAAGCGGCCGAGGAAUUCAUCAAGAAGUUCUACACAGAUCUACGGCUGGAGAAAAGCUUAGCAGCUUAUGAAUCGCCGUUUCGGAACACACUGUGCCGAUGAAAUCGAACUCUUACAGCUUUUCCGAUCGGCGUUUGGCGAUGAAUCUGCGUGUUGUUUACAGUUACACAUCGCCAUAAAUGAACGUCGAAUUGACGUGUUUAAUGGCCUCGAGAGACGUGAUUGAUUCUCAGCCAUGUCAGUUUCAAAGCUCAAGCAGUUUAUAUCUAUCAGUUUGGAUAAUUACUUCCUUUUUCUUCUUUUUUUACUUUUUUUUUUCUCUCAAGUAAUUUCAAUAAAUUUUAGUUGUGAAUCUGAUUUAAGUUUUAGAGUUUAUGUUUUAAUUAUAAGUGACAUUUCUUUUUUUUCAUUUUUAGUAUAUAAUAUUUCAGGAAAGGCUAUGAAUCUGAGAC